AUGGAGAAAUACCCUGGACUGGCCGACGAUGCUUCGGUGGUAGCGGACAUGGAUGAUCAUCCGAGAGAUAAUUUUGAUCGAGCGAGGCCGCGCCGGCACGAUGACGAAGAUGAAGGGUCCGAUAUGGAAGACGAUGACCUGGAAAGUACGAUCGACGGCCCUGCGAAUGGAAACCAAAAAGGUCAAGGACAUGCGGACGAAAAGAAAGAGUUGCCUGCUCAUGCCUGCGCAUACUGUGGUAUCCAUAACCCUAGUAGCGUGGUGAAGUGUCUCUCUUGCAACAAAUGGUUUUGUAGCGCCCGAGGCAAUACCUCCUCCUCUCAUAUCGUCAAUCACCUCGUGAGAGCUCGCCACAAGGAGGUUCAGCUGCACCCCGCUUCUUCUCUUGGUGAUACUAUUUUGGAGUGCUACAACUGUGGUACAAAGAAUGUGUUCCUGCUCGGCUUCAUUCCUGCCAAGUCCGACACCGUUGUGGUGCUUCUAUGCCGACAGCCAUGCGCGUCUAUGCCAUCUUCCAAGGACAUGAACUGGGAUACUUCUCGCUGGCAACCACUUAUUGAGGAUCGUUCAUUUUUACAGUGGCUUGUGGGUGCUCCUACCGACCAGGAGCAACUUCGCGCUCGGCAUCUCAGUCCCCAAUUGAUUGCCAAGCUUGAGGAGAUGUGGAAAGAAAACUCUCAGGCUACUUUGGAGGAUCUGGAGAAAGCUACUGCCGUGGAUGACGAACCUGCGCCCGUCCUUUUGCGCUACGACGAUGCUUACCAAUACCAGAAUAUUUUCGGUCCGCUUGUGAAAAUUGAGGCCGACUAUGACCGGAAAUUGAAGGAGUCUCAGUCCCAGGAUGGUCUUAUUGUUCGUUGGGAUUUGGGUCUUAAUAACAAGCACCUCGCAAGCUUUGUUCUCCCUAAACUCGAGCUUGGUGACGUCAAGUUGGCGGUUGGCGAUGAGAUGCGUUUGAAAUAUACUGGUGAACUCCGCUCCAAAUGGGAGGGAGUGGGCUAUGUGAUGAAGAUCCCAAAUAAUCAGUCCGAUGAAGUGACUAUUGAACUGCGCUCUAAGGGUGAUCACAAGUCUGUUCCCACCGAAUGCACGCACAACUUCACUGCGGACUACGUUUGGAAGUCAACAUCCUUUGACCGUAUGCAGCUUGCCAUGAAGAACUUUGCCGUUGAUGAAAUGAGUGUGUCAGGCUACAUUUUCCACCGACUCCUUGGUCAUGAGGUUGCAGCGGCACCUAUGAAGACACAGAUCCCCAAGAAAUUCAGCGUUCCUGGCUUGCCUGACCUGAACGGCAGUCAGAUAAAUGCUGUUAAAAGCGUUCUUCAGCGACCCCUUAGUUUGAUUCAAGGACCCCCUGGCACUGGUAAGACCGUGACUUCAGCAACAAUUAUCUACCACCUUGCCAGGCUCAAUGGUGGCCAGGUUCUGGUCUGUGCUCCAUCCAACGUUGCGGUUGACCAGCUCUGCGAACGUAUUCACCGCACUGGCCUCAAGACUGUUCGUGUGACUGCCAAGUCUCGAGAGGACGUCGACUCUCCUGUCGGAUUCCUUUCCUUGCAUGAGCAAGUCCGUAUGAACGACAGUAAUAUUGAAUUGGUCAAGCUUAAUCAGCUCAAGGCAGAACUUGGUGAAUUGUCCAGCCAGGAUGAAAAGCGCCUGAAACAACUCACGCGCGCAGCUGAACGUGAAAUCUUGGGCAAUGCGGAUGUCAUUUGCUGCACUUGUGUUGGUGCAGGCGACCCGCGUCUUGCCAAGCUCAAGUUCCGAACCGUUCUCAUUGACGAGUCUACACAGUCUGCAGAGCCGGAGUGCAUGAUUCCCUUGAUUCUUGGGUGCAAGCAAGUUGUGCUGGUCGGUGAUCAUCAACAACUUGGACCCGUCAUCAUGAACAAAAAGGCGGCCAAGGCUGGUUUGAAUCAGUCUCUUUUCGAACGACUUGUCAUUCUGGGCUGCUCGCCAAUCCGUCUUAAUGUGCAGUACCGUAUGCACCCGUGUCUUUCCGAGUUUCCCUCGAACAUGUUCUACGAAGGAUCGCUGCAGAAUGGUGUCACAGUCGCCGAUCGUUUGCGUCGCGAUGUUGACUUCCCAUGGCCUAUGCUGGACGAUCCCAUGAUGUUCUGGUCCAAUUUGGGCAAUGAGGAGAUUUCAGCAUCUGGAACCUCCUACUUGAAUCGUACUGAAGCGACCAAUGUCGAGAAGAUUGUCACCCGCUUUUUCAAGGCUGGUGUGCAACCAAGUGGUAUUGGUAUCAUUACGCCAUAUGAGGGUCAGCGCAGCUAUAUUGUUAGCUCAAUGCAGGCCCACGGUACAUUCAAGAAGGAGCAUUAUAAGGAGAUUGAGGUCGCAUCCGUGGAUGCCUUCCAGGGUCGUGAGAAGGACUACAUCAUUCUCUCGUGUGUUCGUUCCAACGAUCACCAAGGUAUUGGUUUCUUGAGUGAUCCUCGCCGUCUGAACGUCGCUCUUACUCGAGCUCGUUACGGCCUUGUCAUUCUCGGUAACCCCAAAGUGCUUUCGAAGCACCCUCUGUGGAACUGUCUCCUCCAGCACUUCAAGGAACGACACUGCCUCGUGGAAGGACCCUUGUCGAACCUUCAAGAGUCCCUGAUUCAGUUCAGCCGUCCCAAGCAAGCCUACCGUGGCCCCCAGCGCUUCCAGAUGAACUUCAACCCGCCAUCCAAUGCUAACAACGGCGCUAUGAUGGGUCGCAACGGUCAACGCAAUGAGUAUCCCGAUACUGGGUCUGUCGUUGGAUAUAUUCCCGACGACGUUUCUUCCGUUCAUUCAUCCGCCCUUGGCGGUGGCGGUGGCGGUGGAGUUGGACUUCCUUCUGGAUACCCCCCUAUGUUCCAGAACUUCCAGGAUUCUUGGCCAUCUCUUUCCGGCGGUCGCCGCGUCAACGGUGCUCGGGCAAAGGGUGCGCCAAGCGUAGCUGGAGAAUCGGUUGCUGCUACCGAAUCUGAUGUUACAGGAAGCAUUGUCGACGGGCGCAGUGCUGAUCAAGGGGGUGUCAGUCUGACUGGAUUGAGCAUCAACGAAAUGAACAAACAACCUAGUCUCAGUCAGUCCGACCGUCUCAAGCGGUACGUUGAAUCUGGCGGCCGCGAGCCGUAUCGCGCCGGCGUUCCCGAUAGCAACAGCAUCUUUGGAGGUAGCUCCGCUAGCAUUCGCGUCACGCGCGGUGUUCCCGGACAGCAUCUACAAGACGAUGAUGACGCUCGCAGUGUUUCUACCGCGUUCGCUAGUCAGAUUGGGGGGAACUACGAUUGA